AUGACAGGGGGGACAGACGUGAGCAUUGAGAACCUUCAUCAAGGUUUCACUCAUAUCUUUGAAUCUACCUUUGAGGAUUUAGAGGGCCGAUCAGCAUAUGUAACUCACCCUGCUCAUGUUGAUUUUGGCACUGCUUUCUUGUCCAUCUUGGCGAAAGUCGUCGUCGUCGUCGAUUACGUUCCCAUGCUCAAGCCAUUACAACUAUUAUCACAAGCAGUUCAAUUGUGGCAGAAACUGAGCUGGUGGCCAAGGCUCAAAGGAUCAUCAAUAUCCAAUGUGCUCAUGUCUGAGGAAACCAGUGAAAUAAUCACCAAACACCAAUUUUUCAUUGCAAAACGCAUAGUUGAUGACUGUUUGUCGCUUAUUGGGGGAGCAGGACGUGGAGGUGGUGUUGCUGUUUCAAGUUGCACUCUUAUUUUGCUUGCAAUUUGCAGUCCAGUUCGUUCUGGGAAAUCAUCCAUCCUACAUGCUAUUCUUGGAGAGAUUCUGACGAUUUCAGGGUCAAUUAAUGAGUAA